CGGACGCGCUGCUGGAGGCCUCGCGCUGCUGCCGCUGGAACGCCCACGCACGCCCACUGCCCGCAGCUCAGCCCCCGGCGGACUGCGGCCAGGCAGAUGAUGUAACCGAGGAGAUCCCGCUACACGCAGUGGGGCGAGAUGGGUGAUCUGGUGGAAACGCUACACGGAGGCAGGCAGCCUGCAAGUUCUCGCGUCCGCCACAGGCAGUGCUAGCGGCCGCUGACCGCCAUGGCUGGCUACAACGGCAGCACAGUCAGCGGCUCCAUCAGCUCGAUGGAGGCGUUCGGCUUCGACGACUGGUCUUCGUUACCGGGCAGCGGCAACUCGACGCUGCCACUGUGGGAGCUGGUGGCGAGGUCGCCGGCCCUGGACGGAACCACCACCACCGCCAGCCCGAGCACCACCGUGCACAGGCACGCGCUGGUUCUGGUGCUGGCACCCACAGUGCAACAUAUCCGGCGCGAUCUCAAGUGGGCGUUCCUGCUGCACACGUACGGCUUCGCGUGCCUCUUCUUCGUGCUCGCCUUCUACGCCUUCUUCUCCAUCCUCAACCUCAGGUCGCUGAUUUCGGCGCGCCCCUUCAUGUCGUCCAUCAACGGCUUCCUGUGUCUUCUCGGCGCUUCCAGGGCUGGCUGCCUCUUCAUAGACCCCUACAACCUCAAGGAGACGAUGCCCCGCGUCAUCGGCUCGGUGCUCUGGGACGUGGGAUUCCCCUGCGUGACGUCAGCCUUCUGCCUCAUCCAGCUCGCCUUCUUCCAGCUCACCCAGCUGAAGAUCGGCCCGGAGCGCAUCCGCCGCAAGUCGUGCCUCUCGCUGGUCAUCACGGCGCACUUCAGCUGCCUCAUCGGCGCCGACAUCGUGGUCGGCUUCCACGACCACCUGCAGGUGGCGCGCUACUGCCUGCAGGCGGUGUUCCUGGUGUGGCCGCUGGCGCUGUCGGCGGUGGCGCUGUACGGCGCCUUCAGGGUGCUGUCGCUGCUCAAGAGCGUGCCGGGCGUCGGCCUGCACGCAGACUCCAGGCACAAAGGUCCGCUGGAGCUCGCGCCGCGCGCGCCAGCUUCCGCUGCCUCUGCUGCGCUCUGCAGUCCACGUACCGGUUCGCACCAGCGGCAAGGCAUCAUGCAGCUGGCGCUGCUUGCGCCAUACGGCAACCUGGCGGCUGCGCUGGCGCCAACGCUGCUGGCGCCACCCAAGAUACACGUCACGGACGAGCACGACCGCACUGUGAGCCCGCAGCCAGCGGACAGCCUGCUGGGCCCGGCCAGCCCGCCGCCGGCGGUGACGGUGCGGCCCCCGACGCCCACGAUGCCGCCGCCGACGCAUCCCCCGACGCCGACGGGAAAUGCACUAUUGGUGAAUGUUGAACAUGUUGGAGAUUUAUAUUUUCUUCUCCCGUGGCGUGACAAACCCUCGCAAACGGUGUCGGCAGGGGGCGGCCGCCGGCGGUCGUCGGCGCAGAUGAGGGCGGGCCCGCAGCAGGGGCAGAGCCAGGGGCGGCCCACCAGCCCCGCCCUCGGGGGCUGCAGCCGCGCCAACACGGCGCCGCCCCACAGCCCGCGCCCCACCAGGCAGCGCGACGCCCGCAGCCGACGCAGCCUCGCCUCCGCCUCCGCCCUGCACGGCAAGUGCCCUCUGCCACUCACCGGACGCUACGCAGGCCGGCCGAGCCAGCUGGAGGCGGCGGGGGCGGCGCCCGCCCACGGCCUGGAGGCGCCGGCAAGCACGGCGACGCGCCGCCCCUCCUCGGAGGGCGUCACGCUGGGCUCCAUCCUGGCGCACAUCGCGUACCGCGCGCCGGCCGCCGGGGGCGGGCUGGCGGGGCUGCGGGCAGCCGGCUGCGCCGGGGGCGGCGAAUCACUGCUCGCCGCGGCCGGGGGCGGCGGGGGCGGCAGCCCGGUGAGGGGCGUGGUGCGCGCCACGGCCGCCACGGCGGCGCUGCUGCUGUUGCUCACCCUGGGGGAGGCCGGCCGCGCCCUGGGGCCCUACGGCGCCGCCGCCCCGCGCGUGCACCAGCAACAGCACCAGCAACUUGAGCGACUGGAGCGGCUGGAGCGGCUGGAGGCGCCGCGUGCCUGGCCUUGGUUCUGUUUCCAGACGGCGUGCCGCGCCCUCGAGUUCGCCGUGGGCUGCGCCAUGGCUGCCAUCACGCGCCAGCCCGCCCGCCGGGAGCCGCUGCCUCCCCGCGCCUACUACUCGCUCCGGCUAGAGUCCCUCUACAUAUGAGGAUCUCUACAUAUGAGGCCCUCCAAACGAUUGUCCAGAAGCGACGCCUGCUAGUGGUUGUGGUGGUGGCGCAACUGCCGGCUGUGACUCGGCGCCCUCGCCGCCAGGGGCCGCCG